AUGCUGGUGCGGCCAGAACCCGGCCUUGGUUUGGAUGCUCGCUUGCCGAUGGGUAAACAUCUGCGAUGCUCUAUGGCGCUUGAGGCGUACUGUCAAGGAGGUUCUGCGAUAUAUUUUGGGUUGGAGUCGAGUCGAUUUCCUUUUCUCCAGAUUCAACUAGUGCCACGGGCACGACUCACUCUACGGAUUCCUGUCUUAGGCGUUACGGAAUUUAAGAGCAUAUUUGCAGGCGGGUCGCUUACGCUGUACAAUCAAGGUUCAAGGCCCAAGCCGGCGUGGGGGGGAUGGAAACCGUUCUGGCAUAGCAUUAAGCCGUUUGCGAUGCCUGUGAUAGAAUUGCAGCAUAGGAACACGUUGCUUGGAUCCGUAUUUGACUCGGAACAGAGAAAGGCGUUGAAGGAAGCGUUGGAUGACGUCACGCUGAGACGAAAAGAACGGAUGCAAGAGAAAGUUAGAAACCGCCGAGAAACUUUAGGACGGUUUGAGCCUCUAGAAAUGCCUAAAUUGGACCCUAGGAACAGAGUAGAUGCGAUUGAUAGGCUGCGGGAAAAGAUGAGAGAGCAGUAUGGAGAUCGAGGGGUUGUGCGCGGAGACGCCAUUGAAAGGUUGCGGGAUGAUAGUGACAUGAGGCGUGAAAUUGAGGGCAUGAUGAGGCAGAGAGAACGGUGGAAAGGUGAAGUUAAAGGUAGGAGAAGGGGGGUUGAGGACGAGCCAGGAUUUGUCAGAGUUUUCCCAGCAAAAUGGCCAUGGGAUGCACCGAAACUUCACUUGCACGACUCUGCAGUAGAGUCAUGUCAGUUCUUGACGGAGGGUUGAAGAAGGCAACGUAGGCGAUGAAUACAAAAACGCAGAGGAUGGAUGAGGUUGGGCCGCAUUGAUACGCGCAAAGGGCUGAUGUUUGAUUGAUAGCAUCCAGUGCGCGGUGCUAUGUCUGUCAAGACGAUAGACUGCAGCUUUCCUUGCGGCCUUCCCUCUAAUGGACGAAUUUCGGUUCUUAGCAGAAAUGGAAAAAGCAACGCUGGGACGAUCUUACUCGGAAUAGAAGCCAGCAAGUGAGACUUGUUUGUGAUUGCAAGGAGAUAUCAAUGAAAUCCGGUGCCCAGCUAGACACGAGGGGCAUUCACUCAUACAA